AUGUCCGCAAUGGUGCCACCUGCACCAAACCCCAAAGCCACAGUUGCAUCAUGGAAAUAUGAUGAGAUCCGACCAAUGCUCCUAGAAGCCGGCCGGCUAGUGGCCGCUGAUGAAGCGGAGCGCAGAGUGCUCAUGCUCGUUAAUCCUAACAUGCGUGCGCCCUACACCACAGACACAAUAUAUGCUGGCCUGCAGCUGAUAUUGCCUGGAGAGACUGCACCAGCUCACCGGCAUACGGCAUUUGCUUUGAGGUUCAUUGUGGAAGGCGAAAGAGGCUUCACAGCUGUAGAAGGGAAAAAGGUUAUAAUGCGACGCGGCGAUGUAAUAUUGACACCCAGUUGGCAAUGGCACGACCAUGGUCAUGAAGGGGACGGUCCCAUGAUCUGGCUGGAUGGACUAGAUUUGCCAUUAUACCAAGCUUUCCCAACCAACUUCGCCGAGAUGUACAAGGACGAGAGAUAUCCAAGCGAGGAAGUAGAGUCUGCUAAGGACAUCCAAAUCGGAUGGGAAGAAGUCCAGAACGAUCUGGACGCUCGAACGGGCUCGCACGCGAUCUACAACUAUCGAUCGCCUUCCGGAGGCCCAUUGUCGCUGACUAUGGGCGGUCAAGCCGAGCGCGUCGAUGCCGAAACGAAGUCUCCCCCAAUACGCGAAAGCUGUUCCUUUGUAUACCAUUGUUACGAGGGUUCGGGCAGGAGUGAGCUAAAGCUAGCAAACGGCGAGACCAGGACAUUAGAGUGGACCAAAGGUGAUACCUUCGCGGUUCCGGCAUGGACGGAAAGAGUGCACGUAGCCUCAGAGCUCAGCUACUUAUUCGCGGUAAACGAUGCACCGCUACUGAACAAUUUGGGCAUGUAUCGCAAAGAGCAAUGA